GCGGCUGAGCCGUUGCUUCCGGGGCAGGGGUACCGUUGGUGGCUGCCCGCUGCCGUUACUGCCCCCGCUUCCUACAGAGCUCGGAGGACAGAGCAGACGAUGCCCCGGGUCUCUCUGGCCGGAAGUCCAGUCUGCAGCGCUGUUUGCCGUUCAGUCUCGCUGCGGCACCACAUUCCUGAGGUCCGCAGUCCCCAGAAAGAAAUUGCAAACUCUCGAUUUAUCCCCAGGAUUAUUCCGGCCUCUGUGAUCACGGGAAAAGCCGCCUCUGGCAGGGUCGCAGAUGGAGGAAGAAGGGGAUGAGAACAAAGAGGACAUAGAGAUUGAGGAGCCAAGGAACAAAAGGUUAGUAACAAAGAGAGUGAUAAUCAUCUCAAGUUUGGUAUGUGGAGGAUUUGCCUUUCUUCUUUGGGGGAUUUUAAGAUUUCCUAAGAAAUUUGGAAUUACAAAGAUGAUUAAAGAGAACAUGUGUACAGGCAAUGUCAGUCAUUGUCUACAAGGCUGGAACCAAGUCAGUAACAAUUGCUUCCUUCAAUCUGACCAUGAGACAACUUGGAUGAAUAGCCAAGAAAACUGCAAAGUCUACUCUGCAUCUCUGGCCAGGAUCAGCUCCCAGGAAGAAAUGGAGUCUAUGAUUCUCUUCCUGAAGCCCUUUUCAUAUUGGAUUGACCUGAGCAAACACAAUGGAAACAGCAGCUGGGAGUGGGAAGACAGAAGUCCAAUCAAUAAUUGGUGGUGAAUUCGCUUUCCAGGGCUGCUGUAGUACACAGUGCAGACUGGGCAGCUUCAAUAAACAGUUGCCGAGACCAAAGUCCAGGGUCGAGGUGUUGCCAGGGCUGGUUUCUUCUAAGGCCUCUCUUCUUCGCUUGAAGAUGGAUGUCUUGUUCUGUCUUCGCGUGGUCUUCCUUCUGUGCAUGCUCAAGUCUGUGUCUAAAUUAUUUCUUCUUCUAAGCAUGUCAGUCACGUUGGAUUAAAGCCCACCUGAAAGAUCUCAUUUGGUCGCGGUCAUCCUGUUUCAAAAGCCUCAACUCCAAGUGAGAUUCUUGGGGCGAGGCAUUCAUCAUAAGGAAGCUGAGGUGACAUAGUCCAGCCCAUGACAGUUGGCGAGUUCCCAGUUGUCACUCAGAGCUCAGGCAUGCAAAUCCAGUCGGCACCCUGUAUCCUCAGGCUCUGCAUCUGUGGAUCCCAAUGACGGAAGAUUGAAAAUAUCUUUGAAAAAUUGCAUCUGUACUGAAGAUGUACAGAUUUUUUUUGUUAGUAUUUCCUAAGCAAUAUAGUAUGGCAACUAUUUAUGUAGCAUUUAUGUUGCAUUGGGUAUUAUAAGUAAUCUAUGUAUGAUAUAAAGUAUGCAAGGGAGUGUAUAUGGUUAUAUGUGCAUUGUAUGUCAUUGUAUGGAAAGAGUAUGUUCAGAAUGAUUAUUCAUGGAUAUGAGGAAUGAAUAAUUGAACACAUAUACUCUGGGAAAGGGCAGCAUGAAAAUUAUAAGGCACCUUAGAAGUUAGGAAAGUAGACACCAGUGUUACAAAGCUCCCCAAAAAGUGCAGUGCUGAAAGCACAUUAAGACAGAACCAGAAAUUCAUCAUAUGUUUAUACAUGACUUUAAAUAUCAGUUUAGUAAAUAAAAUACCUAGAAGUAUUUUAUUUGUGAUUACUUAUGAUGUAUACAUAUGCAUAUCGUAUACCAUAUGAUACCAGUCUCACAAUGGUGAUGUUUGCAAAGAGUGGCCAAGUGAACAUCUACUUCUGCAUUGAUGGACCCAUUUUGAAAUGUGUAGAAGGUAUUCAAUGAAAUAUAGGUUACAUUCAUCCUCCAUAUUAUCUCUAAGUAGCUAAAUAAAAAAAUU